UGAGUCAAGACUCGAGUGAUUCGUCGAAAGAACCAAAUUAGUUUUUUUUUCUUUGCUUUUUUUUUGAGACAAAAUCAAAACAAAAAGGUGAAAUAGAAAUUUUUUAAAUGGGGUCACUUUUUGAGAAUUACGAACAGCAAUAUUCGGCCCUUACGGCCGAUAUUACUGCUCAAGUGGGACAGUUAACCUCAAGCGUAACGAAAGAUAGACGCCAGUUGAUCUCAAACAUAGAAAAACAUGUUGAAGAAGCUCAAGAACUGCUUGAACAAAUGGAUUUGGAAGUUCGAGAAGUUCCAGAACACGCAAAAAGACAAAGAUGCAAAACAAAACUUGAUUGCUAUCGAGCUGAGUUAAAAAGACUCACCUUAGAUUAUAUAAAAGCUAGAUCGGUGCGGCAAAGUACGUUUGGUUAUGAUUCAACUGAGGAUUUAAGCGAUCGGAUUUGUAACGAUCAAAAACAACGACUUUUGGAUAAUUCGGAACGUUUAGAAAGGACCGGAAAAAAUCUUGAGGAAGGGUAUCGAGUCGUUAUUGAAACGCAGAAUAUUGGAGCUGAGGUUUUAGCCAAUUUAAGUGAACAACGCGAAACUAUACAAAGAUCGAGAGCAAGGUUGAGGGAUACAAACGAGGAAUUGGGUCGAGCUUCUCGUAUAAUGAACUCAAUGAUUAUUCGUGCCAUGCAACAAAAGGUUAUUUUAUUUGUGGUUGUUGUAUGUUUUAUAAUAGCAAUAACAGCAGCGAUUUAUAUAAGUGUUUCGUAAUAUUUAGCGAAAAAGUCUUUUGAAGAUUUUAUUAUAGUGACUUUAUUUGAUUCUUUAUUAGAUUUUAAAUAAUUUGUGCUAAAACAUUGAAUGAAGUUGCGUUAAUUUUAGUUUCAAGUUGAGUCACUACUACAAUAAGUAUGAAACGCAGAUUGAUAAGUACAGUUCACAAUUUGCAUCCGAUAUUUUUACAUAACACUUGCUUUAGUUGACCAAUAAUAAUAAUAAUAAUAAUAAUAAUCGUUUGCGUUAAAGUCGUUAAAACUGUGAUAUAAAAGAACCGUUCCUUAAUUUUCAGCACUUAUAUUUCAUAACUCACACAGUAUUUUUGUGUCCACACGCUAAUGUGUUUCUAAUUAAUUAGUUUUUAACUAAAUUUAAGAAAAAAUAAAUAUACUUUGUAUAUAAAUAAACCAAAUUUAUAGAGUUACAAAUAAAAGGUAAGUUCAAAGUGGUUUGUAAACGAUAGAUAUUAUAAAAUUAUAAAAAAAUAUAUAUAAAUCAUUUUUUCUCUUUUUGUUGAAUAGGUCGUAUAGAUUUUUUUUGUAUUUAUUGUAAAUGUUGUUGAAGAUUAUACAUUCCGUUUUUA